AUGUCAAGGAACGCCAAGCUCGAGGAUUCCAGCAACACACGUGGCAAGGGUGUCACUAUCUGGCAGUUCUCUAGGAAGAAGCAAGGUCCAGCUUUGGAGCUGAAAUAUGGCAGGAAUGCUCAAGAUGCCCAAGAGACCAGCAAGCAGGUUGUGAGCCAAAUGCAUUUCUUCAAGCAUGCCAAGUGAAAACCAAGUUGGCAUAUAGAAGAUGACAUUAAAGUGCCAUUGAGAUUGGAACACUGAGCUGCAUUAGCAUCACUCUCAAAAAGCCCAAUCAACAACCAAGGACGCCUUCUGCCGUCACGAGAAAGGAGCCCUCUAG